UCUUUCUUUCUCUCCGUCGUCACUCGUCAGGCAGGCGAAGGAAGGCAAGGGAGGAAAGAGGGGAGAGAGCCCAAAAACCCCAGUCAGUCCGUCCCCAAUCCCCAAUCCCCAAUCGAAUCGUGCCGGCCGGACGGACGGACGGAGGGAGGGAGAAGAAGAGGGAGGAAGAAGAGAGAGGGGAGAGAUGGUGGGGCGCAACGAGGAGAAGGCGCGGCUGGCGCUUGCCGCCAUGAAGAAGCUGGGGUUCGGCCGGAAGGAGGCCACCCCGGUGCUCAAGCGCCUCUUCAGGCUCUUCGACAGGCAGUGGGAGCCCAUCGAGGAGGACUCGUACCGCGCCCUCGCCGAAGCAAUCCUCGACGACCACCUCCAACCCCAAUCCCAAUCCCACCACCAGCCCAACGGCGGCGGCGGCGGCGGCGGCGGCAAUGAGGCGCCGGGGCAGGAGGAGGAGGAGGAGCUGGAUGCUAUGCCGGAAAUCUCCACCCCCGACCGCCCUUCCACCACCACCACACCGCAAAGCUCCAGCUCCAGGACCCAUUUCAGAGCCCCUGCCUCUGCCUCUGCCUCUGCCUCUGCUCCUCCAUCCGGAUCCACAGCCAGAGCCAGAGGCAUAGUGGAAAGGGUUGUCUUGGCCCCAGCCCCAGGCGCACCCUCACCAACCGCAUUGCUCACCAAGCACAAGCAGAUGAUGAUGGAUGCAGAGUUUCAGCAGCCUGCCUUCUUCCCCAAACACCCCAACCCCCAACCCCCUCAACCUCAACCUCAACCUCAACCUGUCGACAUGGACGCGUCCGCCUGUCGGGAUGUGCAGCCUGGCUUGAUUCUCCGCUCCCGCAACCGCAACCUCAACGCUUCCUCCUCGUCCAAGUUCAAUCCGUUGCCUCCGCCUGACCGUGACCGAAAUCCUCACCACAUUUCAGGUAGUGAUAAAAACAGGGCAAUUCAGCAUCACAACAGAAAUCUAUCAGCGAUGCCUGCUGUAUCUGUGGAGCCAACAAGCAGCAGCACACUGAUCAAUGGAACAGGGUCUCAAGUGCAGGAGAUUCAUGUCGCGUCAUCCCCUGGGGGCGAGGUUAAGCUGUCUCUGAAAUGCAGCGCAGAAUCAUCAAAGCUCAAAAUGCCUGAUCUGGAAGCGGUAUACAAGAUGGUUGAGGACAAAUACCUCUGCUCGGACAAGCUUCUUCCUCCUGAUUUCUCCAUUCCUGGCCUCAUGGCCGAGAUAUGCCAGUGUGUCGUGCAGCUGGGCACUCAACAUACCGUGGAGCAUAUUACACAAUCACGUACCGUUGGUAACGGCAGCACGUCUAAAUGUGUGGAGGGUGGUUCAGCGAGUUCAACUACUGCCCCGCAACCGCAUUUGGCACUUUCAAGGACUACCCAUGAUGUACAUGACAUAUCCAAGGGACAAGAAAAUGUCAAGAUACCGGUAGCAAAUGAGUCUGGCAGAGGAAAAUGCCCACCAUCUUUUUCUUACGUACCAGGCAACGAGGUAUUUCAAAAUGGCAUUGUGAACAUCUCCCUUGCACAGAUUGGUGCUGAAGACUGUUGUGCUGAAUGCUUUGGCGACUGCUUGUCUGCGCCUGUACCAUGCGCUUGUGCAAGAGUCACCGGGGGUGAAUAUGCAUACACACCGGGCGGUUUGGUAAAGCCAGAUUUCAUUGACAAGUGUGUCUCCAUGAACCGGGUUCCCGAAGCACAUCACAAGGUCUUUUGCAAGACGUGCCCGCUCGAGAGGUCGAGAGAUAAAGCCUCACCAGAGCCUUGCAGGGGCCACCUUGUUCGGAGGUUCAUCAAGGAGUGCUGGAGCAAAUGCGGGUGCAGCACGCGGUGCGGCAACCGUGUGGUCCAACGUGGCAUAAGAUUCAACCUCCAGGUGUUUUCCAUGGGAAAUGGGAGGGGUUGGGGGCUGCGCACGCAGAACGCAUUGCCAAAAGGAGCUUUUGUGUGCGAAUAUGCGGGGGAAAUACUAACAUGCGCAGAAGUACAGGAGCGGGUGGUCGAGAACAUGAAGAAUGCUAGGUAUACGCAUACGGUAGUGUUGGAUGCUGGCUGGUCUUCGGGAGGGUCGCUGAAGGACGAAGAGGCAUUGUGCCUAGAUGGAACCUUUUAUGGGAAUGUUGGCAGAUUCAUCAACCACAGAUGCCGUGACUCAAAUCUGGCCAUGGUUCCUGUUCAAGUGGAGACUCCUGAUCGGCACUAUUACCAUGUUGCAUUCUUCACUAGCAGGAAGGUGGAGGCCCUAGAGGAACUGACAUGGGACUAUGGGAUUGAUUUCGACGAGGAGUUGGGGCCGGUGAAGGUGUUUGAGUGCCUGUGUGGAAGCAAGUACUGCCGAGGAAGUCGUCGGCAUCGUCAGCGCCUGAGGAAUGGGAAUGGGAAUGGGAAUGGGAAUGGGAAGAAGAGAAGCAGGGGAGGAGGAGGAGCUGCUGCUGCUCCUCCUAGUAGUACAACAAAUAAGGAGGAGGAGGAGGAGCAAGAAGAAGAUUUGGGCUUGAAACUGGAUUUGGAUUUGAAUGCCCCCCUCCUCCUUCCCCUCCCCCUCCCCCUCAACAAGAAGCUGCAGCUGCAACAAGAAGAAGAUGUGGAUGUGGAGGAGGAGGAGGAAGAAGAAGAAGAAGAAGAAGAAGAAGAUAACACAAGAAGAAGAAGAAGAAGAAGAAGAAGAAGAAAAGGAGGAAAAGUGGUUCGCUUCAACGACUGCAGCCUCACCCACGUCCUCGAGUUCCAGCCUAGCAGCUCCCGUGAGGACGCCAUCUCCUUGUGUGCCCGGCUUUGCACUUGGCUCUGCGGAUCAGAAACUACUGAUGAUCAUCAUAUUCAUCCGUCCUCAUAGGUGAUUGAUUGAGUUUACGGGAAGAACAGCAAGCCAGCCCGCAACUAAUAUAAGCUCAACUGAAUGCUCGUGCUCAAGUCAAGAGGAUGGAUGGAUGGAUGGAUGGAUCAACAGCCAAAGUCAGUGACACAAGGGAGGGACUGGCCUGGCAUGAACGAAUGGAUGAAUGAAUGGGUGUAUAGUUUUUUGCUACAUGAAUUAUUUGCCUUUGCCCCACUCUAGUUUUGAUGAUCAGUUCCUUUUCUAAAAAAAAAGUUUUGAUGAUCAGUCUAGCUAGUCUAGUGACUACAUCUUCCUUGUGAGUUCAAUUAAUCAAUCAAUUAGCUUAUUCCUGCUACCUA